AGCAAAUAGUAACUUUGUGGGGUCGGAGCUCUCAUAUAUACCAAGAGCAAAUAGUAAGUUCGUGGGUCGGAAUGACACAGCUAGGGAUAAUUCCCUACGAUCCUUCUGAUGAACUUUUACACUUUUAUCUUGUUAUUG